AUAAUAUGCGUGUGUUCUCUAGCCGAAUAAGUUAUGCCGAAUCAUUUCAUAAAUUGUAAUGCCCAGCCAUGACUUCCGUUGAUAUGUCACUCGAUGAAAUUAUUGCCAAAAAUAGGCAAGAAAAACGAGGAUCCGGUCGAGGUUUUCGCAAAGGGUUUGGUCGAAGUGGUGGCCGAUCUGGACGUUUUGGAGGCAGGCCUUUCAAAUACGUCGAUUACGAUGCACCUUUACCGAUCUCUAUACCCAAAAUUGGAGGGUCUGGUAACCCGAACAAGACUGUGCGAAUCAAUAUUUCUAAUCUUGCUCCCUCCGUGGUUUCCUCGGACUUGGAAGAACUCUUCGCUAACUAUAGAAUUGAAGCAGCCACAGUGAACUACAAUGAAUCAGGAGUUUCGGUAGGAACUGGUGAUAUUUAUUUGCGGAAAAGCGACGCAGAAAAUGUGAUCAAUGACUUCAAGGGAGUUGCUCUUGAUGGCCAGGUCAUGAGAAUGGUGCUGGUUGAUGGUAGCGAGUCUUUGGGAUCUAGGAUUCAGUUAGCUGCUCCAAUCAACGCGCUGGAUCGCGGUCUUAUACAGAAGCCAUACCGAAAUGGAGAGUCUCGGAAUUCGCGUUCAGGUGAUCGUAGGGAUUUCAACAAAGGAGGCAGAAGUGGAGGUUUUGGACGACGUAGAUCUAGAGAUAGGAGGUCAAAGAUGACAGAAGCAGAGUUGGAUGCUGAACUGGAGGCCUAUAUGUCCAAGCCUCGAGCGCAGUAG